GACUUCAAAACCGCCAGGACCAAGACUCCAAGAUGGCCGAUUUUGACAACGGUAUUAGACAAAAGAAAACCAGCGUUCCUAUCAAAGCCUUCCUCGAAAGCACAGCCGCUGCAAACCGCAGAAGUCAAACCUUGCCCUCCAUGGAUCCGGGCAGUUUCGCUACCUCAAUGACCCCUACCAGACAUCAGCUCUAUCCCACGCCUUCUACAGCAUCGAGUGCCAUGUUUCGAAGCAUCGAGACCGUCCCUCGUAGGUCGGGGAUGGCCACUGCGCCUCCCGAGCCCGUCCGAGCCAUGGACCUUUCCCGAAUCCCACCGACACGGUCGUUCGCCCGCCGCACGACAGGUAUGGCAGGCAAGAAGAAAACAACAGGAGACACGGAUCCUGCUGCGAGCAUGGCUCAAGACUCGCGCACACCUUCCACCUCCGCCUCUGUGUCUCCUCGUAGUAACCAUCGAGCCGCCAUGAAGAGGACCAGUGUGGUGACCAAGUCUAAGAAACCAGACUCACCGCCCGUCUCACUGCACAACAAUGAUAGAGGCCCGUCCAGCGAUCCAAGCACGGGUAGCAGUGAUGCCCUCGUCAAGAAGAGAAAAGAAAACAGCACAGAUGACGUCGCCUCAGGCUCCGUCAAGCGCCCCCGGCCUAGCAUGGAAACCCAGUUCGAAGCACUUCGCAACGUUGUGCAAAACCUCAGCGGCCAGAUGAGCCAGCAGCGUAACAGCAUCGAGGCUUUGCAGCACCGUAAUAGUCAGCCCAGAGAUGGCGGUAGCUCGCCUGUGGUGGUUUAUCAGUCGAGCAGCUUCAAUGCGCAGGUACAAAACCUCAACCAGCUUGCCAAGGCACAGCACGAGUCGGCCCUUACUCUAAUCCAGCUGACGUAUCCACGCAUGGCUGCCGCUCUCGAUCGGCUAAAUGGAGCGACUGAGGCGCUAGUGGCCCGGGUCAGGGCAUCAGGGGUGCCUGAAGAUGAGAUUGCAUCCGAGAAUGGCGAGUUGAGGACUGCCAUGGAUUGCCUUCUCGAUUUACUAGAUGGUCAAACCCGGGUGCGGUAGCUGGUGAACACAUGCUUUUAUCCUUGCUGAUCCUGGGCCUUUUCGUGUUUGGGUUGCAUACGAGCGGUCUGAGAUAUAUUCUGUCGACUAAUGAGCUAAAUGGGGAGAUCUGACAUCUUUACCAGACUUUUCCGGGGUGACGAGUUUACAUAUGAUGGGAUCAAAGAUACAAAAGGGGGUUACCGGGCUUCAUUAGAGCAUGUUUUGGUUGCUUAUUUAACAUAUCAGAUUGCACCCAAAUCUAGCAUUCUAUCAGGCGAAG